AUGUUCAAUAAAUCAACAAGAAUUAAAGCAGGUUUAAUAUCACACAUAACAGCAAAACUUACUGCAAAUCUUCAUAUUGAUGAAAUAGCAACCAGUGGUGAUGCUGAAAUUGAAUUAUCAUCUGAUCUUGUAGUUGAUGCACAUUCACAAAAAUUAUUUUAUUCAGCAGGUGGACUUGCUGAAACUGUUUACCGUUUAACAAAAAAUGGAAAUUUUCACGAUCAACAAUGA